AUGGGGCGCCUCCUCGAGGCUGGUGCUCGCGGUGUUAGCCGCGAGAUCGCGGAGGCGAGAGCGGCGAUGGCGUCGUCGGCGAAUGAACGCGUCGACCGGCUGACGCGUGAUCUGGCGGAGUCGCGAGGACCUCCAGAAAAUGAGGGAACUGGUCCUCGUAAAAGAAAGCUGGUACUUGAUGAUGAUGAAGGCGACGAUGAUAAAUCUGGGGAUAAGGGCUCGCCUAAUAAACCCCCAAAGCGUACCAUGCCCAGGAAAAAACUGGCUGGCCGUGCGAUACCAAAGAUCAGAACAUCCUCCAGGAAACCAUCUGAUAUAGAUCCAUCUGGAAAAGACCCUGAUCCGGCUAUGACAGAGCAAAAUAUAUCCAAGGACCCCGAGCCGACUAAUGAAAACCAGCCGACUGCUGAAAGCCAGCCGACUGGCGCCCAUGCUUCAGGAGAUAGGGCCAAUCCGAGUGACCUGCCGCCGACUGGAAACCAGUCGGCAACGACUGAAACGGCAACAACUCAAGAGCCCCCGACUGGAAACCAGUCGGACGCAGGCCCUGAUCCAGAGAUUCCCGAAGUAGAAGCGCAGACGACGACUUCGCAAGGACCAGAGGUUGGUAACGACUCGAUAGCUGGGUCUUCAGGUAAAGAACAAAGAUCUCCUCACGCUCAGCUAGGUACAUCUUCAGGACCAUCAGAUGAUGACGGGGAAGAAAUUCCUCGCAUAAAGGCGACCGACGACUCUCGUCCUCCUAUCUUGAUCAAAUGGUGGGAUGAGAACUCACAAGCCGCCGGUAUAGUCAUAAACCGUCAAAAAGAAGAUGAAGAAGUGUGCCAGCUAAAGAAAGCGCUUGGAGAAGCCACUCAAGCAGUCAGGGACCAGCUGCAUGAGGCCAAGGAGUGCGCCAAAAAGACAGAAAAAGAGUUAAGGGACCGAAUCGCCCAGCUCCAGGAUGCAAACUUCGAACUAAGUGGUUCUUCAAAAGCGCAAGCCGCCAGGAUGGAACAGAUGGCGAGGCAAAUUGAAGCCCUGGAGAGAGACAAGACAGAACUGGCUGCGCAAAGGGACUCAGCCUUGAAGGAAGUCGAAGGUAGCGCCAGCUAA